CAAUUUUAUCUCGAUUCACGUGGUAUAAAUCCAUAAUCUCAUAAUUACUCAAAACAAAACUGCGAUCUACGAAGAAACAAGUUAGAAGUCGAGAACAUUGCAGUUUGCAGCAGACAAAUUUAAAUUUGACUUGCAAAAAAUACUCACAAAUUAAAUAUGUGUGACGUCGAUGGUGAGUAAAAUUCUGUACCCACUUAGAAAUAAAUUAACUACAAACUAAAUUUGUAUUCUUACGGAACAUAUAUAAUUUUAAAAAUUGUGUUUUAGAACAAAUAGCUAAAUUAAGCCACGAAGAACGUAUGGUUUCUACAGUUGCUGAAAUUAUUCAAAAGUUAUUAAUUGCACAGAAAGAAAACAGAGAUAUUAAUUUAAAUAAGUUAAAAUCUCAAAUAUCAUCAAAAUAUGGAUUGAAAUCAUCUCCUCGGCUAGUUGAUAUUAUAUCGGCUGUUCCAAAUGAUGCCAAGAAAUUAUUAUACCCAAAAUUAAAGGCCAAACCAGUUAGAACAGCUAGUGGAGUGAGUAAAAUUUAUGAUUUUUUUUUAAAAUUGAUGUAUAUAAUAUAUUUUUUAAUAUUUAUGCCCAUGUUUAUUUAGGUAGCAAUUGUUGCAGUUAUGUGUAAACCUCAUCGUUGUCCACAUAUAAAUAUGACAGGUAAUAUAUGUGUAUAUUGUCCUGGAGGUCCAGAUUCUGAUUUCGAGUAUUCUACACAGUCAUACACUGGUUAUGAACCUACUUCAAUGAGAGCAAUUCGUGCACAUUAUAACCCAUAUGUUCAAACUCGUCAUAGAAUUGAACAGGUAUUACAUUUUAUUGCAAUUAUAUUUUCAAAGUUAUAAUAAUAAAUUAAUAGGUACCUAACUGUUUGUUUAAAGAAAAUGUUUUUUACAUUUCUAAUAAAUAAAUCAGUAUAUGAUUUAUGUGAAUAAUAUUCUAUUUAUAGCUGAAACAGUUGGGUCAUAACGUUGAUAAAGUGGAAUUUAUAGUAAUGGGAGGUACAUUCAUGAGUUUACCCGAAGAUUAUCGUGAUUAUUUUAUUAGGAAUUUACACGAUGCCUUAUCUGGUCAUACAAGUUCUAAUGUCCGAGAAGCUGUAAAGUAUGUUUAAUAAACAUUUUGAUUUUGUUUUGUAAUCUUAAUUUUACCAUUUCUGUCCAGAUAUUCGGAAAGAAGUAAUGUAAAAUGCAUUGGAAUUACAAUUGAGACUCGGCCAGAUUAUUGCUUGAAUAGGCAUUUGACUGAUAUGUUGAACUAUGGUUGUACACGAUUAGAGAUUGGAGUUCAGUCUGUUUUUGAAGAUGUUGCACGCGAUACUAACAGAGGUCAUACAGUCAAAGCAGUGUGCGAGACAUUUAAUCUAGCAAAAGAUUGUGGAUUUAAAGUUGUAUCACAUAUGAUGCCCGAUUUACCUAAUGUAGACUUGGAAAGAGACUUUCAACAGUUUAAGGUUUGAUUAAACUACUAAAUAGGUUCAAUUGUUGAAUUAUAUAUAUAUUUUUUUUUUUCAUUAAUUAUUAGGAAUUCUUUGAAAAUCCAGCUUUUCGUGUUGAUGGUCUUAAAAUUUACCCUACACUUGUAAUGAGAGGUACUGGUUUAUACGAGCUGUGGCGCAGUGGGCGGUAUAGAAGUUAUUCACCAUCCGAAUUAGUAGACUUGAUUGCACAUAUAUUAAGUCUCAUUCCUCCAUGGACACGUGUAUAUAGAGUUCAAAGAGAUAUUCCUAUGCCACUAGUUACGUAAGUACAUGGCAAUAUAUAGAAAAUAUUUCAGAUAUAAUAACUUACAUUAUAAUGUUCAAUUUAAAAAUUUACUAUGCAAAAUUAAUCUGAUGCCAGUAGACAGUGAUCUAACCAUCAUUUAUUAAUUUAUUACACUACUGGACAUCAUUAUUUUAUGUUCUACCGUUAGAGCCAUUAGAUUAGUGUGUAAAGAUCAAUUACUGUUUAUUUUGCAAGUUUUUACAUAGUAAACUUCAAAUUGUUCAGUUUGUUUAGUUAAAUGUAUUUAACAAACUUUCAAUACAAUUUCUUGAAUUUGUAGUCAAAUAUAUUAAAAGUUCAAAUAGCUCUUAACAUUCAUUUUUUUGCUGUUACAUAAAUAAACUUUUACUUAUUCUUAUUGGUUUUAUUUUAUUUUUGUGUAAACACAUGAUAUUUUGAAAUCUUGACAUUAAGAUUUGAUGGAAUAUUUUGAUCUAUUAUUUUAUUUUUUAGUUCUGGUGUUGAGCAUGGGAAUUUACGUGAAUUAGCUUUAGCACGAAUGAAGGAUCUUAAUUUACAGUGUCGUGAUGUUCGAACAAGAGAAGUUGGAAUUCAAGAAAUACAUAAUAAAGUUCGCCCAUAUGAAGUAUGAAUACAUUUUAGCUCAAAAUUUUACCUUCAAAUUGUGUUUUUGUAUGCUUAUUUGAUGGUACUUUCAAAAAUAGUCACUUAAACUUCCUUUGGAAGUUAUGGUCAAAAACUUUAAAAUGUUCGAUUUCCAAAAAUUUCAAUUUUUUAAAUGUUAGUAUUUUUAUACUCAACAUUUUAAUGAAAUCAGAACUCACUAUCGCAUCAUUCUUGCUUUUUAUAAUAUUGUUACCAAACCAUGUAAAACUUAAUUACUUAGUUAUUUCAAACAUUUGCAUAUUAAAGAAACAAAAUUUAAGAAAGAAAACAAUAGGACCAAUGUUAAAUCUUUAUUACACACCAAGUUAAAAAAUCAAUUUAGUUUCUUUAGUAUACAAAUGUUUGAAAUAAGUUAAUAACUAAGUUUUAUGUGGUUUGUUAACAAUAAAGUAAAAAGCAAAUAUGACUGGUAAAUUCUGAUUUCAUCAAAAUGUUGAGUUUACAAAUUUAAAAUUCUAACUUACAAAAAUUGUCCAAAUUUUUAAAUAUUUGGUAUUUUAAACUUAAAAACAUGAUUUUUUCAAAAAUAGAGCAUUAUGAAGUUUUUUUACCAUAACUACAAAAGAAAAUUUGAUAGAUUUUUUGGAAUUAAGUAUGUAAAAACAUACAUUUCAAAAAAAAAAAAAAACCAAAUAAUCACUUGGGAGCUAAGCUAUAUUUAUUUCUGUUUAUAUUUAUUAUAUGAUUUUAUUUAACUAAAUCAAUACAAUUUUAAUUAUAUUCAAGAAACAUAAAUCAAGAUUAAAUUUUAUAUUAUAUUUUAUGGCUAUGGAAAUAUUAUAUUCUAUUUUCAGAUUGAAUUGAUACGGAGAGAUUAUGUAGCAAAUAAUGGUUGGGAAACAUUUUUAUCAUAUGAAGACCCUGAACAAGACAUUUUAAUUGGUUUACUGAGAUUGCGAAAAUGUACUGAUUCAUUUAGGUAUUAAAAUUAUUAAAAAUAUAGAUUGGAUCGAUUGUUUUAAGCUAUUAAAUUGUGUAUAUGUUAUAUCCAGACCAGAGUUAAAGGGACGAGUUUCAAUCAUAAGAGAGUUGCAUGUAUAUGGUAGUGUAGUGCCUGUUCGAUCGAGAGACCCAACUAAGUUCCAACAUCAAGGUUUCGGAAUGUUAUUAAUGGAAGAAGCUGAAAGAAUAGCUUUAGAAGAACACAAAUCUAUUAAAAUAGCUGUUAUUUCAGGUCAGUAUGUUAUAGUUGUAUUAAAGUUCUUAUAAUAUAAAUAUCUUCUUAUCAAAUUAUUUAAAAAUUAUGUACAGUUUUAAUUUAAUUUUACACAUUUAACACCCCAUUAAUUUUACUGAAUUGUGUCCAUAAUACAUUAUGAACAUUAAUCAAGUAUUACACUAACAUUUUUUAUGAGUUAUAAAAGUUAAGAAUUAAGAAUGUUAUAAAUUCAUAUUUGUUUUUCAAUAAGCAUACCAAAUUCUAUUUAGGGAGGUGUGGCAAAUUGUAUGGUGCUUGGAAGGACCGCCAAUUUUUAAACCAAUUACUUGAUUAUCAUAAUUAAAGUUAUGAUACGAUAUGUAGUAGGUUCUCUUUAUAAUUUUUUAAUGAAUGUAGUAGCAUGUGAGCGACAGUUUAGCUUAAUGUGACAAUAUAACUAUAUAUAUAUAUAUAACUAUAUAACAAUAUAGUGGUCUAGUACUCCUAUAUUACUGAUCUAAAUUUCAACAUUUAAAAACCUAUCAUUUAUAAAUUAUUAUUCUAGUAUUGAGGAAGUUUAUAGCAAACCAAUUCAAUGGAAAACUAGAAGAUUUUGCUACCCUGAUAUCCUUUGCUACCCAUUAUCAACUUGUAUAUUCCAUUUACUUUUUUCUUUUUGUAUUUUACUUAUACCCGUUAAUCAUUGUUACAUGUUCUACGAAUAUUAAUAAUAGAAAAUCAAGAUUUCUUUUUGAGUCCAAAAAAUAAAUAUGGACUGUUUUUAGAUAAUCAUCAAGUUUAUUUUAUUAUAUUUCAAUUUUGACUAAUAUUAAUAACAUAAACAAUAUCUAUUAUUAAACACUUAAAUAUAUUAUUUUUCUUUAAAUUGUUGUUUUAAUUAUUUAUUUUAUAUAUCCAAAUUAAUAAUAAUUUUAAACGUAUGAUAAUGUAAUAAUUAACUAAUACAUAUUUAUUUCAGGUGUUGGAACAAGAAACUAUUAUAAGAAACUAGGAUAUCAAUUAGAUGGACCAUAUAUGUCAAAACCAUUAUAAUUUGUAUAUUAAUAAUCAAUAUUCUUACUAUGGUAAUUCAAUAAAUGUAUAAAAUAUAAUUUAAUACUAAGUUUUUUUAGAUUCUGAAUAAGAAAGGAGUUAAUAAUUUUCAAUGUAUACCUGUUAAGUUUCUGUACUUAUGUGUAUGAAAUACCUUAUAAUUUAUAAUAUGUUUUAUCUCUAUUGUGUC